AUGAUUCACUUUAGUUCAGAUGGACCUAUAGAAGUAAAGCAGAAAAAGAGGCUCUCGGACGAAAGUAAUUGGAAUAAGAAACAUGAGAAGAUUGGCCGUUAUCCGAACAAGUUCGUCGAGUUCUGUAAAAGGACGGAUUUGCACGGAUAUAAGUAUAUUGUUAUGGAGGAGCUCAGCUCUUUUGAAAGGGGAUGCUGGGCUUUCGCAGUGGUUGUCAGUAUUGUAGUCGCAGUUUAUUUUGUAGUGACUGCAUACAUGUGGUAUGCCCGGAAUCCAAUCGUCACCGUCAUAGAAAGUACACAAGGCGCCAUUUGGGACGUGCCCUUCCCGGCUAUUACCAUUUGUGACCAAAAUGCUAUCUCGCGGAAAGCCGCAAGGCAUUUUGCCGACACUGUGACACUUCCGCCGAAUAUUAGCGCUGACAACAUUUUCGAAAUCACCCGGCUUGCUCCACUGCUGUACUCAGGUCUCGGGGUCACCAAUAAACAGAAGGAGGAUUUGCGGGCUUUACAAAAAGUGUUGGACUUGAAUAACUUUACUGUUGACAACUUUUUUCGACAGCUUUCUCCGGCGCGCUCCUGCGGGAACAUAGUCCAGCGAUGUAUGUGGAAAAACACUAUAUACCGUUGUGAUCAGCUGUUUAAGACUGUUUUCACCGUCGUCAAUCUGUGUUGCACUUUCAACUACUUUGCCGUCAAAGAUUCAGAAAAAAAGGAACCUACAGAAGAUCCUCCGAAACCUCGCCGGGUAGCGUCUUGUGGCUACCAGACUGCGCUUACGGUUCUCUUGAACACCGAUCCAAACGACUAUUACAGCGCAGUCGUCGGAUCCCAGGGUUUUAUUGUGUUUGUGGAUGACGCAUACAACGUUCCCGACCUGGACUCGCCUGCGCGGCUCAUUAACCCUUUCACUGAGGUGCUCAUAGCUCUGUCACCAGAGAGGACGUACGCGACCAAUGGGAUCAAAUAUUUUAGUCCUGAACAGAGGCAGUGCUAUUAUAAUAACGAGGUUAAAUUUGGUUCUUUCCGUCAAUAUUCGUUUCAUAACUGCAUGGCAUACCAAAGGAUGGAACUAGUGAGGAGAGCUUGUGAUUGUGUCCCUUUUUACUUUCCACAUAAGGAGCCUGUACGUCUUUGUAAUUUCAAUGAUGUACCAUGCUUGGAAAAUAUAUAUAUGCCAAAGGAAGAUCAUCACGACAACUUUGGGAUGACAUUCCACUGCUUCCCCGAAUGUGAACACUUCGACUAUCCAUUGGAAGUGGCCCAGGGAGACCUGGCCCAUGAUCUACAACACAAUGGUCUACCUUUUUUCAAUGAUGUAAAACUGGAGAAUCGCUCUCUGCUCAACGUAUUUUUUAAUGACUUAGUAUCAACAAAAUACCGCCGGGAUGUUUAUUUCAACUGGCAAAAUUUAUUGGCUGCCUUUGGAGGACUCCUCAGUCUGAUGCUCGGGUUCACAUUGAUUUCUGGGUUUGAUUUCGUGCUAUUCUUUGCAUUCAGAAUGCCAUUUGAUAAAUUCUUUCGCAAAGCAACCCCAGAAUCAUCCGUCAACGCGAUGAAGAAUAAAGUGAACCCCAGUAAAUUGUCAGUACAACAGAAAAAGGAUACGUGGAUGUCGGACUCUCUUAAAAAUGAAGUUUUCUUAAGCAGGUAUAAUAAGAAAUGGUAAUGUUAUUAUAAAAUCUAGCUGCGCCCUGGGAAUUCGCUCAGAAUAUGUUAUUCCGGGUUAUAAUCUGCCCGUAUAAUGAAUUUUAUCAAAAUCCGUUUAGUUGAUUGCGCAGAUCCAUCCGCACCAACUUUUGCAUUAUGAGUAGAAUCAUUUAUAAAAAAAUCACAAAAAAUAGGUGUGGUUUCAUUUACUAUCGAAUAUAUAUUUUUAGAUAAAAAACGUAAUUACCUGGCUGAUUCAUAAAAAAUCACGUUUUUUAUAGUAAUGUUGUGUAGUUUCUUAGAUAUAGUUAUUUAAUUCACCAUGGUCGCGUGCCCAAUGUAAUACUACUCUUAUUACUUCAAUUAUUCUUUAA